AUUUGUGAAAAUGCGUGCCGAUCGAAACUAUCUCACGCUUUGCCUGACUGUGAGUAACUUGUCUGGCGUCAUCUCAUCGUCCGUUGCCUUCUCUUGGUGACGCACAUCUCCUAUUCCAGAGUGAAGAUGAAGUAACACAACUCGUCAUGCGCGUCUUGUGGCUCCAAAGCAUUCACGCUGCUGCUGUCGUGCUAGCCAGCGAGCCGCGCUGGGUUCGCAAAGGCCAAAACUUUCACGGUUCAGCAUUUUGUCCUGCUCCUUCGAUCGCCGUCCUUCGAAAAACAAGUGUUCGAUAUAAAGAGCAGGUUUAUUUCGGAGUGCAUGAGGAAAUAUUGUGUCGACGUUGCAAAGACAGUUCGACGCUUUUGUGCAUGUCGCGCGACAAAAAGACGCCGACGGCACUGGACACUACUCCUGUGAUGGAAGACUUCUCAGGUAGCCGGAAAAUAAUUCCAAAGCCCGCGACGAAAGGAUCAAAAAAGCAGAUCACCGAUUCCAAGCAAAGAUUAAUUGCAAAAGAGAAAAAAGUUGUCAAGAAGCGACUGUCAACAAAGGGCAAACAAAAAACUAUCACCGCGAAAGAAAACGAUUCGUCUCUACUUACAUCGAAACAAAAAACAACAAAACGUGCAUCGACUACAGAUAAAGGUCCAUUACACUGGAGAUCUUUAGAUGAUGUGGUUCUUUUUAAACCUCACGGAUGCGUUGUGGUUGUCGAUGAUGAUGACAACGAGCCAACCGACAUUUUUUCCAACGUGACGGGUCGUGUCGCUUUUACGGUACGGGGCAAUCCACUUCCCCUGAGACGACAUCGCACGGCACGUGGUUUUGUAUAUAAUCCUUCUGCAAAGGCACAGGAAUCGUUCCGUGAUAUUGUUUCCCAUAUGGUUACUGGAUUCCGUGACGAAUUACACCUCUUGAAAGGAACCCAUCUACCGAUUGCAGCAGGUGUUCCCUUCUUUCCGGAAGGACAGGCGUUGGUUAUGACUAUCCUUUUUUCGAUGAAACGGCCGAACAAUCAUUUUGUGGCUAAUCGUCGGGGAAUGCUUGAGGACGGAUGUCGUUUGAAGGCAACGGCGCCGUCCGUGACGUCUCCCACUCGAACCGAUGUGGACAACCUCGCCAAGUUCGUCCUUGAUUCCUGUAACGGACUUUUGUACGAAGACGAUCGGCAAGUGAUAUCGUUGCAUGUGACAAAAGUACUCGACGAGCAAGGCACAUGUCUCGGAUCGACGCAGGUGGAUUUGCGAGCUGUCCGAGACGAUGAAAUACCUCUGCUAUUGAAUCGGUCUUUUUCACUUCUGUAGAAAAAGGAAUGUCGUCAAUUCCUGUCUACAGUUUCUGUCGGUCAUAUGGGUUACUGGCAACUUUUGCUUUGAGUUUUUAUCGAUUAGAAAACUAAAGACAUGGGGUAUAGCAAGGCACCAAAGUUAGUGGAC